AUGCUCGGCCGCUAUCUUCUAUUGGAGCUCGACACCGGACCCUGGACAAGAAAGUCGUCAACGCUGUGCUCUCUGCUGCUGCUGCUCACCAUCGCCGUACUUGCAGUUCCCGGACAGGACAAAAGCGAAAUCGUCGGACUUGGCAGGCACACAAAGGAUGGAAACGACCAAGUAACGCUCGUCAACAACACAGUAAUUGCCAACAGGGCAAACUUCGACGACCUUGCUGAUUGUAACUUCAGGAAGCUGUAUCCGGACGCCUGCGAUGUUACAAUCGGAGACGACUACAUCGAGCUUCGGUACAACAAAGGCAGCAAGGGAUGCACUGUGGACCUGCUCAGCGAGAACGAGUUGAACAAAAACACGAUCAAGUUCACGACCGGAGUGCGAAACCCAAGAGGUGGAGAUCUCACCAGAUGCCUUGACGAUGGUGCCACUUUCGAGAAAAGCCAUAACAAUAUCCUGCCUUUCGUCUACAACGUGAACAACACAGCCAUCAAGAGGUUUAACAACAAGGGCCCGUACACUGUCGCAUCGUGCUAUAAUAAACCGUCUUGUGAGGGUAAAAAUGGUACAUGCAUGCUGUGGACAUUUCUUGAAGUCUCAUGGAGCUGGUCUGGGGGGCAAGUGUAUGCUAAUACACAUCUAGUUGGGGAAAAGUUGUCUCAGAACGUGCAACAGGAGCAGCAAAUGACCAGGGACAUGACCUUCAAUCUGACAAUAAGUUCUUCGAGCGCGUUCACGAUGUGGUUCGCAAAAGAAAAGACAUUCAACGCUACGGAGGAUCCUGCUUGCGUUCCAGAAAAAGAUCCAAUCGCACCCCCUGAAACGUGGAAGAUCACGAAUGGAGAUCACAGGGACAAACACCUGCUUGUCUUCAGCCUGCUUCAACAAAAUGCGACUUUUGUGUACGUUGAUGGUAAACGUAAUGUCACUGCACAUCCAGACGGACCGCAUUGUGAACUCUUCGUUCAAUUCGUGAGCUACAACCGACUACAGCCUGCUCGUUGUCAACACCUCUGCAACAACAGCGCCACCGACUACGACGACUACUGCAGCGACCACAGAAGCUACAACAACGGGAACAUCAGAGACGCCUAGAACGACAACAUCUUCAGCGACAACUUUGCCUACGGCCGCCAACAGCUCCACUUCCACCAGAACGACUUCUCGAACAACAACGAGUCCACAGCAGCAGGAGGAUUGUGGCCGAGGUCUCUACAUUGGAGUUGGCAUUGCUGUUG